CUUUUUUGUCAAAGUUGGUUGAAUUAUCAAGACCAUUUCUCAAGCAGCAUUUGCAGAAUCACACAAGACAUAUAACUCCUUAUUUUUGACUGUUCUAUUAGUAACACUGGCGGCUCUCUAGCGGCUUGAUUACAGGACCUUCCUCAAAAGCAGGGUGAAAUUCAGAUGGGUCUUUACCUGUACAGAGGUUCAUUUCUGUCUCAAUGUGAUUGGUGUGUUAUUGCAGGAUUAUAAAAUUAGUCUGCUGUAUGAUGGAAGAGCUAUUUAUGGAAAGUGAGGUAGGACUAACUGAUCUGAUCGUUUGCAUGACUGUUACAUUUCAUGAAGCCACAAUGCAUUUGCUUGUUUGUGGCUGUUGUUUUGUAGAACUAAAGCCAGCAGAAUAUGUAUUAUCUCAAAACGAAGAAUAUCUCCAAAGAAGAAAAAGAAGAAAAAAAAAACUUGUUAAGGUUAAAAUUAAUUAACCACAUAACGUUUUUUGCGGAGUUAACAUGCCACUGUAAUUUUUUCAGAUGUAUAGUUUGUAUGCUCCUGAUGUCCAUCUUCCCAUGGCUUUGAUUAGAUGUGGAGGAAUGUUUCGUCAAGCAGCAGACGUAGCUGCGCCGAUUCUGAAGGAACGUCCAGAAAAACUGUCAUGUGAAAAUCCAGUGCGGAGCAGAGACAGACAUACGGGUUUGAUAAACCAAUUCCUUGAGGCAAUCGUUCCUUCCAGGGUGCGGAAGAGGGGUUUGUCUGGAGCGACAUUCGGGCGCAUUGAUAGGUAGCUGAAUAGAGCAGAAAAGGGACAAAUAAUAUGAUUAGUUUUAAGUAAAUAAACAUAUACUCCCUUUCUUUCCCGAUCGGUUUUUGAAUGUUUAAAAAAUAGACAUGACCUGAGAUUGGAGUUUAAGAUCGCUGAUGCAGAGGUCCGUAGAUGGAUUGAAGGACUGAUUCCGGGAGGUAAUCUCGCUGCACCGAAGGAACCUGCAGACUCCAGGAUUUCCUUAGUGAUGGGCAGCUUGGUCCUGAUCCCAAAGUGAAACCUCUACCGAAUAUGUGCCAGCAACAACCUUUUCGACCCAUGGCUCCUUCCCUCCCUGACCCUCUCCGAUUCCCCCUGUCUACCUCACUGUCCCCAGGGCCACUUUCCCUGCAGCCGGUCCAGAGACCCCCUCUCCCUCUGCCACAACCCCCCUGCCCCAAAUCCUUGCCACCCCCCCAGGAGGAGGAGACACAGACUGUGGGGGACCAGGACUCUGCCUUGGAGGACCUCUGUAGGCCCCUGUACUGCAAGCUGUGCAACGUCACCCUGAACUCUGCACAGCAAGCACAAGCUCAUUACCAGGGUAAAAAUCAUAAUAAGAAGCUCCGGAAUUUCUAUGCUGGCAGUCAGCAGCCGCCCCCUCUCAGAGUUCCAGAGGUGGUGGAGUCCCCUGUCCAGCAGCCCCCUCCCCCAGCAACAGCACCAGUGACUCAGUCAGGUUCCUUUAAGACAGGUAGCCGGGUGAUUCUGGCUACAGAGAAUGAUUACUGUAAGCUGUGCGAUGCCUCGUUCAGCUCGCCUGCUGUGGCUCAGGCUCAUUACCAGGGGAAAAACCACGCCAAGCGUCUGCGGCUGGCUGAGGCCCAGCAGAGAAACACUUUCAUAGACACAUCAGAAGCAAACCAAAGGCGACCAAGGAAAGACGGGAACGAGUUUAAAAUAGUGAAGACCCGCAGGAAUGCGUAUGUGCCUCAAAACAUGCCAGGUCCCUACUAUAACCCACGCCCUCGGCAGCGAAUCCCGCGGGACUUGGCGAUGUGUGUCACGCCCAGCGGCCAGUUCUACUGCUCCAUGUGCAACUCUGGGGCCAGCGAGGAGGCGGAGUUCCGGCUGCACCUGGAGAGCAAACAUCACAAGAGCAAAGUGUCCGAGCAGCGCUACCGCAGUGAGAUGGAGAACCUAGGCUACACAUAGAGGGGACUGCAGCUGCUCUGACGUGCACUGCUUAUGUAGUCAAGGAUCACUAAAAGAGUCACAGGAUAUAGGGGCCGAAGGGCGCCCUGUCGAGGGACAUGACAAAUUAUUCUCUUCUAGACGACAUCUGGAAGUACUUGCAGGCUCGCUGCUGUUCUCUGUAGAGUAACUGCAUGGUGUUGCUGUGUGUUUUUUUUUGGUGUUUUUUUUACGCACCAGCACCACCUGCUGGUAGGCCACGAAUCCUUCCAGAUUUUCUUUUGCAAGCUGAUGAUUUGUUUUGACCCGAGUUUUAACAAUAUGAUAGUAUUUGCACCUGAGAUAAAGCCUUCUAUUUUAAUAGACUGCUUCUCUCAAGAAAAAUCAAAGCAAUCUCUCUUGUCAUGUCAGCUGUGAGUUUAGCUGCUUCGAGACCCUUAUAUAAAGCUGGUCCCCACACCACUCAAUUCAGCAGAUGUUUAGAAAAAAAGAAAAAGUAAAUUGCACUACAGAAUUUUACCCAACCAGGUACCCUGCUGUGAGGCAAUACAAUUAGCUGGCUUUGUAUAUAAGAGCAGUUAAUGUAUAUAAGAGCAGUUAAUUAUUACAUUUGUAGAAGACCUGUUACGUAGUAAAAUAUGUGUGGUGUGUCUCUAACACAAUCUAAGCCAGCUAUGUCCUUGCAAAGCCAUACAGUUCACGCUUCUUCUUAUAAAGCGAAACCACUUUCCCUUGCUUAUUGAUGAACCAUGGUAAAGCACACGGUAUAUUAUACUUUGUUUUAAUUUCUGGCAGGAGAGGUUAUUAAAAGAUCAUUUAUUUUACAUGUAUCCUUUAUAUAUAUUUUAUUAUGAAUCAAAUGUUUCCUUGUAACAUGCCAUUUUUUAAGUUUGAAAGAAAACAAAAAUGGUGUGUUUAAAACAUAUAACAUAAUUCACCCAUACCAUAGUGAAAACCAAAGCAUUGUGAAAAGUUGUUUAUCUACGUAUUGGGGAAUCCUACUUUAUUUGGAACAUGACAUGUCCAUUAAUAUUAGACCUUUUUUUUUUGUUAAAGAAAAAGACUUGACACUUUGGGGAGCUUGGUGGCACAGCAGCUCCUUCCCUGUCCUUGUGCCUUUUGUCACUGGAGGCCUGGGUUCGGAUCCAGCUCAGGUAACAAGGGAAAUGAGUUUGGUCGUAGUCUCCACCCAGCCCAUCAUAAAUCCACUCCACGAUUGGUAGUUUUUGUUUGAGUUAGACCCAGAAGCAAGGUGGAUGCGAGGGGAAGCUCUCUUGGAGUUUGCUGGCCUGGCUGUAGCCAGUACCAUCAUUCAUCAGUACUAAAACAAGACAAAGCUUGACACCUUCCAGUUCCUGAGGUCAGUUUGAAAGCUCUUAUUCUGGAGACAGAUCAUUGGCCUUCAGGUUAUGAAAGGUACAACAGGCAGAGCUAUUUGUUAGCUUUACUUUUUUCUUGUUACGAACAAAGAGAAAGUUGGUACAGGUAUAUGAAACAUCAAUUAUCUUAAUACAUGUAUAUGUUCUUUUUGUUGAUUGGAUUUAAUUUGUAUAUCAUUUUCUGUUUCUUGGGGACUUUUCAUGAAACUGCAACACUGUUCUAAGUGUAUGUAGUUUGUUCUAUUUGUUAUAUAUUACUGAAGUACGUAUUACACCAGCAGGGGCAGAGUGUUGCAGGAAGGCAGGUUAAUGGUAACACUGUGGUGUGCCAGGUAUACUAAGAUAUUAGACUUGUUUCAGAUAGCACUGUUGCGUUUCAAAAAGUCCAGGAUUUCAUUACUGAAACACGAAAAUGAUAUAUAAAUUAAUCCAAACAAAAAGGAUUAGUUAAGAUUUAUCUAUAUUUCGUAACUUUUUACACUUAUGACUCUAAAGUCUGUUUCAAAGCUCUUUUCAAAAUGUCUGCUGUAGUGCACUGGGGUUUGAGAUCUGGGGUGUGUCAAACAGUAACUGUGAUGAGGUACCUGUGCCCCUGGGUGUAUUUUUGGUUUAUUUUGUAUAGUUUGGGUUAUGCAUCACGGGGGAGUUAAUGUAUAUUGGUAUGUGAGCACUGGGAUGUGGGUUUGUGUGUGUGUGGAAUAGUGGGGUCAGGGAGGCAGUUAAAAUCCUCCCUGUAAAAACACGUGAAUGUGGCUGGAGCCAGGAAUUGAAUGAAUGAUUAAAUGAUUAAUUAAGGCUCCAGCCACAUGCGUAUUAAUAGAGUGAUCACGGGUGAGAAAGGGGUUAGUGUGUUAGAAGUAAUGUUGCUGUUAGGUAUGUGGUAAAGUGAUUUUCGUGUUCGGUGCUGUGCCGUUCGUCCUGUGUUUUUUACAUGUGUGAGUGUUUUGUAUAGUCCUUUUGUUUUGGCCCUUGGCUUGUUAUUUUGUUAAAUGUGUUUGUUUAGAGUUUCUGUCCGUGUUGAUUUUGUUUGUGUAUAAUUAAACACUUUAGCACUUUACUGUACCUUUCUGUGUCCGAGUCUCCCUUCCUGGUCUAAACGCCAUUGCCAGUGACGUCAUGCUGCCACAAUAAGACAGCAGUAACGAUCCAUGAUGUGGUAUGGAACAGAAAAGCCAGAGCACUUGAUGUUUUUUUGUUUUUUUUUUUAAAUGGCUCUUCCUGCAGUGAUUUAGAGGACACACCCCUGAUCACAAACCCCAGUGCACUAGAGCGGCCAUUUUGAAUAAGUAAAAAGUUGUCUGGAUGUUAAUAAUGAAAAGAAAAAUGACAGGAAUGUUAUUUAAACAGUUGUAGCGACACGUGGGGACGUGAAACACUAUAUUUGUCGGAACCCCGUUACUUACUCUUUAAUGUUCCUCUAUUCCUUUUCAGUUCUUUUAGCACAGACGGAAAGUUAACACUGUACAAAAGAUCUGCUUCUGUUUUUAAGCACUGCAUUUUUGAUUGCUGUUUUUAUUCCUACAGUGUUCUUACUUACGUGUUGCUGCGUUGUCUACAAGUUAGAUGUUGGCAGUUUAUUUUUUAUUUUGUAUUUAUUAUUUUUCUUUAAAUAAGGAAUUUAACAUUUUUUCAAAGGGACUGUUGAUAUGUUUAUAAUUACUGUAACUGAAGCUUUCACAGCUCAAAUUUCAUUCAAAUGCUGAGUUUCUGCAUCCCACUAAAGAAAGUAUGCCUUUGCUACUCCCCAAGUUCUUUAUUUGUAUACAAGGUGAUUUAUAAUGUCGGAUGUGCUGAUGGGCUACAACCUGGGGUCAGUCCUGUGGCUGAUACCUGCAGAGGGUAUUGCACGAGAUGCAGAAUAUUAGCAGUAUUUGUCUUGAGAGAGGGCUCUGUCUUUGUGUCAGUGGUCAGCUAACUUUAUAAUCACCCUGAAUAUGAAUAUAAUUUACUUGAAUUUUAGGGAAUAUGCUGCUAAAGUUUAUUUAAGCUAUGCAUGAAUGUGGAAUAGUCCAAUCAGAUUAAAGUUACUUUAAAUGUUCAUUUAUAUUUUCCUGCUUCAACUAUGAUAUUAAAAGGUGUGGUUUUUUUUUCCUUUGCAUUUUAAGACUAGCUACUGCACUACAUUGCCUGAGUUCAGGGAAUAUAGGAAGUUGCAAGGGACACAGAUUCAAUGAUGUUUGAGUCUCAUGUGUGAAACUUUUUUGAAAUGAGCCACUGUACUUUAAAGAGAUGGUAAAUAAUGUUACUAUUUGUUUUUGUUUUAUUUCUGAAAUGUUUACAGGAAUCAGUUUAUAAUGUAUUAAGUUGGGAAGUCAUCCACAUUUAAUUUCUUUCUGUUCGCUUUUUAAGGGCACGUACAUGUUUCAGUAUCAGGGGGGUUUGGGGGGGUUGAUGACACUGAAAAAGAGUGGACCAGAGUGUUUACUUUAUCUCUCAUUGGUACAGGGUUGCAGUUUUAGCAAUCAUGCUGUUUGUCACUUAGGAAUAAUAGGUUGAAAGGAUUUCAGUGGCUUUAACUAUUUGAUAUAGCGAUUGUUAUUCCCUCUUCAACUAAACAGCAUGUGAUUGCUACAUUCUGGAGAAUGAACUGUGGCAUCAGGAGUUCUGCAGUAUUUGUCCCCAGCUCUGCUGGCAGAGCUAGGAUCAAAAGUACACUACCGGGAUGAUUACCUGGAAAAUCUAAAAGGCAACUUAGGACCUGUUUAAAAAAUAAAUAAAUAGAUCAAUAAAUAAUUAAAAGAGAUUGUACCUUUUGUGAAUGCUAAUGCCUUAUAAAUCCAUAUAAAUAUCAGCACUUUAUGUGUUAUAAUUAAAAUAAAAAAAAUAUGUACCUAUGUUUUGCUCAAUCAAGACAGAGUUUGAAUAAGGCAUUUAUAAAGACUGCAAACAGUAACAGGAACAUUCUAUACAGUAGCUUACAGAGGAGGGUUCUUUUGCCCUUCCAACAAUGAUUUUUUCUAGUAUAAGAUCAUAAAAGUUUUUUUUUAGUUUUUUUUAAAGUAUUUAUUCUUUUAGCUCGUACAAGCUUCCUGUGCCUGUACUAGCUUGGGGCUUGCCAUUAAAAGAGUGCAUAAAGGAGGAAAGACCUCUCCAUAACUUCAAACCAACAUUUGAACAUUUACAGUAUAGGGGCCCAGUAUAGAAGUAAGUGCAAAGGAAAAUAUUUCAGAUAAGAAUAAAAUCAUUUUAACAGUAGAAAAACAGCAAACAACUUUCUACAAACUAGUACUACUCAAAUAAAUAGCUCAUUUUAUACUGUUGAAACAUUUGUCUAAUUUUAUAAUCAAAUAUAUUUGUAUUGCCACAGUUAUUUUGUGCAACUGUUUUUCAAUUCAUUCUGCUUUAUUUUCACUCGCACGUCACUGCACCCUCAUCUGCCACACUAAAACGUAUUCAAGGUUCUAAUUUCUAGCCAGUUACUAUAGACAGAACAAUCAGCAUUGUGACCCUCAUUGCGUUUCCUUUUUUUUUCUACCAGUAAGG